AAAAGCCUCAAACACGGAAGUGAGUCAUUGUCCGCACGGAUUCGAACGUCUCUCACAGUCCUGAAGCCCAGAAAGCGGUUCUACCUUAAACCCGGACCCACAUUGAAAAGAUGAUCCAGCAGGGACUCAGGUCGUUUCUACUGGCACUCUGUGUCCUGGUCUGUACCGGUAUGGCCCUGGACUGUGACUGGGACCAGUCGAUUGAUCCCAAUCAGGGUUUGGCCCCGGCCUCCAUGGACUCCGCAGGGAUCCACCUGGACCAGAUGAAGGAAGUCUCGGACCCGGAGAGCUGCCGAACUGCGUGCUGCAACGACACGGCCUGUGACCUGGCUUUGGUGGGGUUCCCCAUGGACGGGGGCCCGCAGUGCCUGCUGGUCCGGUGUUUGGUCCGGGGCCGGGACGUGUGCGUCCUCCAGCACAGCACCCAGUUCAACGUCUACCGCAAGAGCCGGACCACGGAGACCCGUAGAGAGGGCGGGGAGAGUCCUCACCUCGUCCCACUGCUGGCAUCCACCGAGACCAACGAGACCAACAACAUUCACUGUCGUCUGCCGAUGAAGGUGGGUUCGUGUCGAGCUGCUUUCCCCAAGUUCUACUACGAUGUGACCAAUCAGAGCUGCCGGAGGUUCAUCUACGGCGGCUGCGAGUCCAACGGGAACAACUUCGACUCUCAGGACGAGUGUGAGACCACCUGCAGCGGGGUGACAGGUUCAGUUCUUCCUGAUGAGUCGACUCCUGCUCCUCCUCCUGCUGCUCCUGCUGCUCAACUUCCUGUCAAAGCUGCUCGAAUGGCCCCCGCCAUCAAUACACAGGUUUCUGAGGAUGCUGACCGUCCAGUUGUGUCUGAACCUGCUGCUACAGAGUCUGUACGCGCUCAGGAGACAGAAAUGUCAGCUGAAGACUUUGCUGAGCUCUGUGGGGCAGAGCCUGUGGUGGGUCCCUGCAGAGCCGCCCACCGGCGCUGGUUCUACAACCGUGAGACAGAUAGCUGUGAAUCAUUCAUGUAUGGAGGCUGCAGAGGAAACAAGAACAACUACCCUGACAAGGACAGCUGUGUGGCUGCAUGUACAGUCACUGUUCUCCCGUCUUCAAAGAAAGCGUCCUCUGCUAAUGACGAGUUUCAAGCAUACAAAGACCAGUGUAUGGUGACCCCUGACCCCGGACCCUGCCGCGCUGCCUUCCCCGUGUUCUACUACGACCCAGACACCAAAACCUGUCAGUCAUUCAUGUAUGGCGGGUGUCGCGGCAACCAGAACCGCUACAACAGUGUGGAUGAGUGUAUGAGCCGCUGCAGUGAUGGUGUGUUCGACAGCCACGGCAGAUCUCGCAACCGUUGGACUGCAGCUGUCUUCCUCUUCGUCACCGUGGCAGCGAUCUCUGCUCUUCUUCUGGCGACGCUCAUCAUCAUCACACUGAGACGUCAUGGCGGUCUGUCCCGCCGGGCUUCGUCUGUCAGUGAUAAGGAGGAGCUGCUUCCAGGUCCAGAUGAGCAGUCCUCAGUGGAGUCUCUGACAGUCCCAGAGAGUCCCACACCGAAACAGGCCUGAGGGGUUAGUUUGUUUUCUCCACCUCAGAACUGAGUGUAACAGAUGUAAUUCUUGUGAAUCAGAUGUUGGUUGAUUGAUGAUCUUUGAUCUCAGGAAUAAAAUCUGGAUCAGCUCUGUGGUGGAUUUAGAAGAAGUAGUCUUCAGUGGGGGGUCGGAGGGAAAUCACACUUUUCUUUUUCUGUCAGCAGGUUGAUUUUGUCUCAGGAACCUACCUGAUCAUCUGUAUCGAUUCAGCCCUUAUUGAUAAUUGAUUAUUGUCAUUUCUAAUUCACAAUAAAGGAUCCAUCUUCUCUUCCUCCUUGAGGCUCAUACGAUCACAUCGAUACUCUCGUGUCUGUAUGCUCAACAGCUGCUAGGUUAGCAUAAAGACUGUAAACGGCUAGCUUAGCUUAGCAUAAAGACAUCUGGCAGUCAGAGAAGAAGAGAAGAGGAUCUGUGCUAAAAUCAGAGUGUGAGCUGAUGUGAUGGUCUGAUAUUGAACCUGCUGUGAUGUUGAUUAUUAAUAUUAUAAUUUGAAUAAUACAUUCAGACUCAGAUUGUAAUCAGAUGUGUUGGAUGUUUUUUUAAUUUCUGUAGUUUUAGGUUUUAUUUUUUAAAUCAAAUACAAUGAUCAAUUAAAUUACUUUAAACUGUCAUUUGAAGUCAUUUAUGAAGUGAAUAAUUAUCGCUAAUCAUUUUUAGUUUCUGUAAUGUUUUCUGUUAAUUGUAAACUGAUCUGUGUGUUGUGAAGAUGUCAGUUUAAGAAGGAGGUUUGACACCACUUUUUAUGAAUAAAACCAUUAAAUGUGUGUUUUUAAGAAGCUGUAACACAGAAAUAAAGUCUUGAGUUUGUCCACCAGGA